UCCGUAUCCCCAACUACCGACAGGACUACACACUUUGUGCACCAAAACGGUCCUCGCGCUGCAGGGCAUGUCGGUUUAGGUUUGCGCCGGUAGCGAGGUACGUGGAUUCUUUGCGGACCCUGAAGGAACGUGGGACAAACCACUAUUUCACCGUAUCUGGCGACGGCGACUUGCAAGCGCAGUGCAAUGUUCGGACGCAGGUGAUCAGACAAACGGCACAAGGCAGCCGCGGACCAGGACCUACUUUGACUGGCUACAACACUGCUCCGCUUCUUCAUCCAAUAAGCUUGGUUUACAUAAGGAACCCGUCCCACACAGACUGUACAUAAGAACUCGACAGCGCUUGCGAUUUGUCUCCCGGACUUUGGCCCCCAAUCAUAGGGCACACACCUGGUGUCUGUCAGUGCGCACGGGCCAGCCUUGGUGUGUCAACAUACCAGAAUGCCUCCAAGCCAUCUCGACGUCGUGCCUCAGAGCCCGCUGCCUAUCGGCAGACUUGUCCAUUUCGUCUCAGGCCCGUUUGCUAAUCGAACGGUCCGAGCCGAGCUGGAUGAGCUACAGAAAGCAGACCUGGGUCGCAAGUGCGGUAAUAGGGAUAGAAGACCAUUGGAUCCUCCACCCGUCGUGCGUCUCAAGCUGUUCGAGAUCAUCGACGAAGGCACUCCUCAGGAGACAGAACGAGAGAUCUCCGAAGUCAACGGUGAAGCGAUCGCCUAUGGGUUCAUAUGUUUUGUGGACCUGUUCCCGUGGCCCCCUUACCAAGACAGUGCUGCCUCGGGAUCACUCCCAAAGCAGUUGCUGCCCCCACGACCCCUGGCGCAUCCCUCAGGUUCUGGUGGAGAAGCACUGCCGUCUCUAGCUUCGAUCAUGACCCAGUUGGCGCCGAAUCCUAUGGCGAGAUCCGUCCCAGGCGGGACAGCGCACUCUUCUAGUAGUGUGGCCAGUCCUUAUCGCUCUGCUAUGCAACUCGUUCACACGCCCGCUCCUGGGCCCGUCCCGGACUCGUUUCGUGGAAACGACCCAGCAUUGGACAUCACCAACAUGCGUUCGCAUGUGCCGGGGCCGAGGAUGGAGUUACGUACGCCUAAACUCGUAGAAAAUGGACAGCAGGUCGCUGCUGUCGUCGAUGGCGUUGCGAUCCCAGAGUGUGCGAAUUGCACACAAGCUUUCGUCGGGGCGACCUUUGUUUCCGCGUCGUGUCUCACUCACGACGGAAAACCGUCUCUACUCUUCGUCUUUUCGGACCUUGCUUGCAACAUGGACGGGAAUUUCCUGCUCCGAUAUCGAGCGUUGAACCUUUUCGGCUAUGCACUCGAGACUGAAGCACUCCCUGUCCUCGCCGAGUGUUGGGGCGGUCCUGUCAUCGUCUAUCCCACGAAAGACUUUCCAGGAUUAGCGGAGUCGACAGAGCUGACGAAGUAUCUGUCGCGCUUUGGCGUACCUGUGAACAUCCGACAAGGUGAGCGCAAGAAAAGGGGCAGGCCAGAGAAGGACAAGGGCGGUGCGUCUGUUCCAACAUAAAAACUUGCUCUUCAUUGUUGGCUAUCUAGCGGGGCACACUCCAGCCCGAUUCCGGGACGGUGGCCAUGCUGACUGACCGACGCACUGCCAGGUAUGCGCGCCGUCCGGCCCUCUCCUGGUUGAGAGUCUCUCCGUGUUUCACGACAGGCUAUGAUCAGCGUCGUCCUCCGUAUCGGCCCAGCUUUAGAACUUACAGAAUUGGAUAACAUCUUUUUCGAAAUGCUAUAUCACAUUUCCAGACAGA